GAGCGGUUGUGUCAGCUGAGAAGAGAUGGCUUCAACAAGUUCCGCUGUGGCCUCCACGCAGCCCACCUUGCCCUCUGGACUCGCCGUCUUCAAAACCGUCCCCUAUGCGUUCAUCCUACCAGAGAUACUUGAGGACAAGAUAUGUCCCAUCUCCAUCUCAGAGUCCAUGUGAAGGUCGUUGGCUGCCGUAGGGCUGGGAGAAGCUGGAAUGCUGCUGAUGCCUACAGGGUCUGUGGGACCUGGGUGUGGAUCCUCGUUGCUGCUACCUCCGUCUCCUAUCCCCUGCUGCAGGGAUGGGUGAUGUACGUGUCGCUCAGCUCCUUCCUUAUCUCCCUGCUGCUCCUCAUAAGCUACCUCUUCGGCUUUCACAAGAACAGCGAGAACUGGAAAGUGCUGGACAGUUUGUACCACGGCGCCACAGCCAUUCUGUACAUGAGCGCUGCUGUCUUGCAAGCCAACGCAGCCAUCGUCUCUGAGUUACACCCUAACUCUCCGCUUUACUACCAGCUCAACUGUGCCGCAUCGUUCUUUGCCUUCAUCACGACCUUCCUGUACAUCCUCCAUGCCUUCAGCAUCUACUACCAGUGAGUCUGGCAGCGCUCACUUCACCUCUGCAGGACGAGGGCCUUCCCAGAGCGAGGGAUGCAGCUGUUUUCCACCAUGGUGUCCCUGCCCCAGCCCUGUUACCCACCCCAUGGCAAUGGUGGUUGCUUCUUCACUUCAUUGAAAGAGGGAUUUUUGUACAGCGGUGUCACGGCAGAGAGCUUGU